GGAGUCUAGUUUCCCUGGUGAUGGGUUGCCCGGCGGUCGCCUGGUAACCGGCCGCGGAGGUCUUGGCUGAGCCAGCGCAGGCCGCGGAGGUCUGUGGGCCGGGGCUGACGCUGGACUCUUUCUGUGUGUUCCGCGAUGGCAGCGGCAGUGGUCACGCCGUCGGGUUUGGAGGAUGGGGUUUCUCGGUCCCGUGGCGAAGGGGCAGGGGAGGCGGUCGUGGAACGGGGCCCCGGCGCGGCCUACCACAUGUUCGUGGUGAUGGAGGACCUGGUGGAGAAGCUGAAGUUGCUCCGCUAUGAGGAGGAUCUCCUCCGGAAAAACAACCUGAAGCCCCCGUCCAGACACUAUUUUGCACUGCCUACCAAUCCUGGGGAACAGUUCUACAUGUUUUUCACUCUUGCUGCUUGGUUGAUUAAUAAAGCAGGACACCCCUUUGAGCAGCCUCAAGAAUAUGAUGACCCUAAUGCAACAAUCUCUAACAUAUUAUCUGAACUUCGAUCAUUCGGGAGAACUGCAGAUUUUGCUCCUUCAAAAUUAAAAUCGGGUUAUGGAGCACAUGUAUGCUAUGUUCUCGACUGUUUAGCCGAAGAAGCAUUAAAAUAUAUUGGUUUCACUUGGAAAAGACCAACAUACCCAGUGGAAGAAUUAGAAGAAGAAACUGUUGCAGAAGAUGAUGCAGAAUUAACAUUAAAUAAAGUGGAUGAAGAAUUUGUGGAAGUGGAGACAGACAAUGAAGAAAACUUUAUUGAUCUCAGCCUUUUGAAGGCCCAGACCUAUCGCUUGGAUAUGAACGAGUCUGCCAAACAAGAAGAUAUUUUGGAAUCCACAACAGAUGCUGCGGAAUGGAAUCUAGAAGUGGAACGUGUACUACCACAACUGAAAGUCACGAUCAGGACUGACAAUAAGGAUUGGAGAAUCCAUGUUGACCAAAUGCACCAGCACAAAAGUGGAAUUGAAUCUGCUCUAAAGGAGACCAAGGGACUUUUGGACAAACUUCAUAGUGAAAUUAGCAGGACUCUGGAGAAGAUUGGCAGCCGGGAAAAGUACAUCAACAAUCAGCUUGAGCACUUGGUUCAGGAAUAUCGUGCAGCUCAAGCCCAGCUGAGUGAGGCAAGGGAGCGUUACCAGCAGGGAAACGGUGGAGUAACUGAAAGGACCAGACUCCUGUCUGAGGUUACAGAAGAGCUAGAAAAGGUAAAACAAGAAAUGGAAGAAAAAGGCAGCAGUAUGACUGAUGGUGCUCCUUUGGUGAAGAUUAAACAGAGCUUAACGAAGCUGAAGCAAGAAACUAUUCAGAUGGACAUUAGAAUCGGUGUUGUGGAACACACAUUACUCCAGUCAAAACUGAAGGAGAAGUCCAACAUGACCAGGGACAUGCAUGCCACAAUCAUUCCAGAAUCUGCAAUAGGCUCUUAUUAAAACAUAUCGUUUUUCAGGCUUCUGAUUAGUUUUUUUAUAUCAAAUCAUAUUUCAUGUUGCAUAGACUUCAAAACACAGUUAUUUCUUUAAAAGCAUGUUGAACGGGUAUUUUUUACAUAUAUACACACAUAUUGUAUGUGUGUAUACAUACAAUGAUGAUUAUGGAUGGUCAAAGCCUUUGAAUUGAAUAUAAUAUUUAAUAAAGUAAUGAAAAAUUCUCACUUUCAAAGAA